AUGGCACCUCGUCACCCCCUUCAACGACUUACGUCGCCCUCACGAGAUGUUUCGCUAUUGCUUCAUAUCAUCGGAAUAGCCUCUUUCAGUUACAACUUUCACUUUCUCACAGUCUGGGAUACGCCCAUAGCCAGGUCUUACGGAUGGCAUAUGCAGUUCCUUACCAUUAUUGGCCUUUCAGCAUCACUCAUUGCCUUUGUACUCGGAGCAUUGGCCGAUAUUACCCUGAGCCCAACUUUCUUUCAGGCAAAGAAUGCGGUUGCUGUUCUUGCUACGCCUUUGGAAGUUGUCAUCUCAAUCCUGUAUUGGGGUCUGAGGCUCAUUGACCCCAAGCUUCUCAUGCCUGAUGACUUCUAUCUGCACAUAAUCCCUGAUAUGGGAUUUCAUCUUGCGCCUGCCGUACUGCUGAGUCUGGAUCUCGUUCUUCUUAGCCCUCCUUGGGCCACCCCAGCUUACGGUGUUAUGGCAAUCAGCACUGUCAUUGCCUUUGCCUAUUGGUAUUGGGUUGAGCUCUGCUUUAGCCACAAUGGAUGGUACCCAUAUCCCCUCUUCGAACUUCUUUCUACGACCCAGCGAGUAAUGCUGUUCACAUUUUCAGCUGGGCUAGUUACAGUCUCUUCCUCGUUCCUCAAGUGGGUGUAUGGCCGAGUCAAUGGCUACGAAAAAGCAGAAAGGGAGGCACAUAAGCCUCUCAAGAAGGUUCAAUAA